AUGGUGAGGGGCAAGAUUGUGAUUAGGAGGAUUGAGAACAUGAGAAGCAGGCAAGUCACCUUCUCCAAGCGGCGUCGUGGCCUGCUGAAGAAAGCACGUGAGCUGGCCAUCCUCUGCGAUGUCCAGGUCGGUGUCAUCAUCUUCUCCUCCACUGGUCGCCUCUACGAGUAUGCCAACUCCACCGCCACCACCACCAUGGGCACGACCAUGCCUUACAUCAUUCAAAACUACCAAUCUGCACAAGAGCAACAUCAACUAUUGAAUCCAUUGUCACAAGUCAUGGAAGCUAAUGGGGGAGAGAUUCUCAAACUUAGGAGCCAAAGACUUAUGUUUAAUGGAAAAUCAGCUGGAGAAGGGCUUACACCGUAUUAG